UUCGGUGAUUCUAUACACCCGAUUUGCAGUCAUAUUAGGCAAAGUUCCUGUAUUCCUAGUAAAAGUCAGCAAUCUGGAUCGCAGCCGGAUGGCUGUGUUACGUUAAGGGCCUGCCAAUAAAAUUAAUUAUGGAGGGAGACAGAGUAAUCUUAUUGGGGCACCAUACCAACAUGAUGAGUGAGCCAUUCAUAACAAACCGAGGAGUAAAACGAGGGGAUGUGAUUUUGUAUGGUUCCACGUGAAAUAAUAUCCAAAGCUCACUUUGAUAUUAUUCAUAAUUACAUCAUUCCAAAGCCAGAGUUCCAAGGAAGACUGAUUACAGUAAAUGCCUUAGGAUAUAAAAUUGUGGGUUGUCCAGUCUACAUUGGAGACACCAAGUAUCAGAGGAAUGCCUUGAUGUUCAACCUUUGUUUUGUGUUUGGUCAGAGUGUGGACACCAGUAACCAUGAACCAGUGGUCAAAAAGUUGGCCUCAUACUUAACACAGAUUGAAUUGGAGAGUGGGUUUUUAUCGAGCAAGAAGAGCCAGGAACAUAUUCCUGUCUUCAUGGAAAAGGUGCUUCACCUCCUGAAUAAGUAUGGCUGCUGUAGUAUCCCAGUAGGAGAGUCUAUAACUGUCCAUCUGAAGGUACCUGUGAACAUCGUGGAGCCUCUCCCGGUACAGGAUCAUGCUGUUCCGAUAAUCAUACGAGACAGAUUGAUGCAACACAAUGAAUGGGACCUCACCACACAACAGGUUCUUCCAUACAUAGAUGGUUUCAACCCGACUUGUCGAAUAGCUGUGGAGGCAGACGUGGAGAUCAAUCUGGUGAAAUCAUGCCUCCAGAACCUUCUACAUUACAACAUAAUUAAGAUAAUACCUGUAUUUCAGUAUUCAAACAUGUACACAGUGACAUCAGACAUCAAGAAAUUGUUUUCUGAUGUGCAUCUGCAGGAGCAGUGUAUGCACUUUGUGGCAAUCAAAGGUCGUACGUUGCCACGGCUGCGAGACAUCCUGACUCUAUACACCAGUAUGACUCAUGGAGUGACAGUUAAGGAUCUCUGUUGUCGUUACAAUCCACAUGGACUGAAAAUUGACGAGAAAAAGUUGAUCCAGUUUGGUGUGGUUAAGAAUCUGAUCCGUGUGCUGAGGAAAUUCCCCAUCAAGGUCCCGUCUAACAUUGACCCAGACCCCAGACUAAGAUCGCUGUACCCGAUGUUUGAUGGACUUCGCUGUUAUGAUGAAAUCUGCUGUAAAGUUGGGAUUGGUCAGGCAGACUUGGAGGAUAGGAUAGAGAAUGACCCCAGUGUAACAGUCUGUGUAAAGUGAUGAGCCUCCUUAAUCACUAAACACACCAUGUCACUUAGUGUAAAGUGAUGAGUGUCCUUAGCAAUGAAAUUUAAUUAAAGUGAUUAGUGUUGAUCAGAGUCGACAUGGAAGUGUGUAAAGUGUCCCUUCAUACUACUCGGAGUCCGAUCCUAGCCAGACCCCAGAAACACAUCCUAGUAUUUGUAUGCAAAUAGUUUGGUAUCGUCUUGUGUGGAGGGGUAUACUGAUUGUGUGAUGAGGGCUUUGGUAUCGUCUUGUGUGGAGGGGUAUACUGAUUGUGUGAUGAGGGUUUUGGUAGUUGGCCCAAACUAAUUACAGCUCCCUGUUUGGAAACAAUACACACAACUUGCACACUUUCCAGAGCAGCCUGUGAUAGACAAUCCACCUUAUCCAGGUCAUCACUCCAUGAAUACGGGAUUCACUCCAGGCCAUCACUCCAUGAAUACGGGAUUCACUCCAGGCCGUCACUCCAUGAAUGCAGGAUUCACUCCAGGUCAUCACUCCAUGAAUGUGGAAUUCACUAAAGGUCAUCACUCCAUGAAUGUGGAAUUCAUUCCAGGUCAUUGCUCUUUGAAUGUGGGAUUCACUCCAGGUCAUCACUCUAUGAAUGGGAUUCAUUCCAGGCCAUCGCUCUAUGAAUGACAAAUUGUUCUGUAUGAAUAGAUCUGCUGUGCAUUUUUAUGUGACCCAUACUUUCUGAAGACACACAGGUGUUUUAAGAAUAGUGACUUUUGUCUGAGAAAAUGACAGUAAAUUCAUGUGUAUGUGAUGUUCAUAAUUCAUUACCACUACAGCUAUGAUUAUAUUUAUAGAUAUUACCUUUUUAAAAACAAAUUAAAUGCAGUUUUAUAUUUUAUUUAGAGUUAAAUUGCAAUCAGAAUUUAUAGGAACAAAUUUCACUCUUGAAAAUAUCAAGCAAAUCCAGUAUUGUCAAAUAAAUUCUAUAUCCACAACAAAA